AUGGCAAAACAAAUUCAAAAAUGUUUGGAAGGCGGGGGCCCAGGAGCCGAGCUUGUCCCUGCAAGUACAUCUAGGGACAUUCCCACCACUAACGCUGCAUCAACCAGGGACAUUCCCGCCACUAACGCUGCAUCAACCGGGGACAUUCCCGCCACUAACGCCACAUCAACCGGGGACAUUCCCACCACUAACGCCGCAUCAACCAGGGACAUUCCCACCACUAACGCAGCAUCAACCGGGGACAUUCCCACCACUAACGCCGCAUCAACCAGGGACAUUCCCGCCACUAACGCUGCAUCAACCAGGAACAUUCCCACCACUAACGCCGCAUCAACCAGGGACAUUCCCGCCACUAACGCUGCAUCAACCAGGGACAUUCCCACCACUAACACCGCAUCAACCAGGGACAUUCCCGCCACUAACGCUGCAUCAACCGGGGACAUUCCCACCACUAACGCUGCAUCAACCAGGGACAUUCCCACCACUAACGCUGCAUCAACCAGGAACAUUCCCACCACUAACGCCGCAUCAACCAGGGACAUUCCCGCCACUAACGCUGCAUCAACCAGGGACAUUCCCACCACUAACGCCGCAUCAACCAGGGACAUUCCCGCCGCUAACGCUGCAUCAACCAGGGACAUUCCCGCCACUAACGCUGCAUCAACCAGGGACAUUCCCGCCACUAACGCUGCAUCAACCAGGGACAUUCCCGCCACUAACGCCACAUCAACCAGGGACAUUCCCGCCACUAACGCUGCAUCAACCGGGGACAUUCCCGCCACUAACGCUGCAUCAACCAGGGACAUUCCCACCACUAACGCUGCAUCAACCAGGGACAUUCCCACCACUAACGCUGCAUCAACCGGGGACAUUCCCACCACUAACGCUGCAUCAACCAGGGACAUUCCCGCCACUAACGCUGCAUCAACCGGGGACAUUCCCGCCACUAACGCUGCAUCAACCAGGGACAUUCCCGCCACUAACGCUGCAUCAACCAGGGACAUUCCCGCCACUAACGCUGCAUCAACCGGGGACAUUCCCACCACUAACGCUGCAUCAACCGGGGACAUUCCCGCCACUAACGCUGCAUCAACCAGGGACAUUCCCGCCACUAACGCUGCAUCAACCGGGGACAUUCCCGCCACUAACGCUGCAUCAACCAGGGACAUUCCCACCACUAACGCUGCAUCAACCAGGGACAUUCCCGCCACUAACGCUGCAUCAACCAGGGACAUUCCCGCCACUAACGCUGCAUCAACCAGGGACAUUCCCGCCACUAACGCUGCAUCAACCAGGGACAUUCCCACCACUAACGCUGCAUCAACCAGGGACAUUCCCGCCACUAACGCUAUUGUCGAGUCUGGUCUUAAAGUUGUGGCUGGAGGUGGCUUCUAUAACUUCAGCUUUCAGGAUAUUCCACUUGUUGACCGCCAGUACAUGGUACCA